UUUGCACAGAAACCUUGUAUUUUAUAAAGAUUAUUUAGAAAAGAUGAAUUCUAAUGGCAUCGUCAACACAACAUCUACGCCACAGAUAUCGACUACGACUGAAGGCUACAGCACUCUUAUACCAGAAUACGCUCGAAUCAUGAUCAUAGUGGUCUACAUGUUCGUGUUCGUGUUUGGUACGAUUGGAAAUGCUUGUGUCAUCGUAGUUAUGAUGAUAGUGCCAAAGUUUAAGACGCCCACAGAUAUUUUUAUUCUUAACCUGUCCUUUGCCGAUCUACUAUUUUCAAGCAGUCUUAUUUUCUGGGCCGUGGAACAAAUAUAUGAAAUGGUUUGGUUUCUUGGUGUUUUCAUGUGCAAAGCGCUGAGCGCUGUAACUCUUAUCAAUUUGCACGCUUCUGUCCUAUUUCUGGCAGCCAUGGCAGUUAACAGGUGCAAAACUGUGAGGCGUAAGCGACAAUCCAGCAGUUAUGGGGACAUAAUAAAAGCAAAGGUCUCUUGCGUCAUAAUAUGGCUUGUUGCAGCCAUUAUUUCGUCACUAGCCUGGUUCCGCAAGACUGAGAUAGUACCUUCGCCUGCUGGUAACGUUACGAGAUGUUUAUGGCGCAUGCCUGACACUGGUGAUCGUUACGUCUGGGAACGAAUUUAUUUCGGAAGUCGUGUUCUAAUGGGAUUUACACUGCCAUUGAUUGUGAUAAUCAUUUCUUACGUUCUGGUCGUGAUGCGGUUACGACACACACGCCAACAAGUCACUGUUAAAUCGUCAAUGCAGAUGAGAGUUACAAUCACGGUAUUUGCUGUGAUCGCUGCGUUCGUGAUCUGCUGGCUUCCAAACCACGUGACCUCUAUAAUACACGCGCUAACAUUGGGGGAAAAUGAAGAAAAACGGAAAGACCUUCACACUUAUGAACUCAACUUGAUUUCGAAUUGUUUAGUCGCGUUUAAUAGCUGCAUAAACCCAAUCUUAUACGCCUGGCUGAACAAAAGGUUCAGGGACCAGCUUAAAAUGAUCAAGUGCUGCAGUGGUCGAAUGACGAAACUGAGCGUUGGGACUCGGAAUAAAAGGAAUUACAAUAUGAGGCUUCCUGUAGAACAGCACGACCAAAACCAAGUUGAAAACGAGGGCAACCAAACGCCUCAAAAUGGUAGAACAAACGUAACGCUCUUGCAGGACGGUGGACAAUCUCCUCCAAUGGGAAAGAACAUGGACCCCCUUACCAGAGUAAAAGGCACGAACAUGCAACCUCUACUGCACCGAACGAGCGCCUUGUAAUCGCCAUAGCGCAACUGCCAAUCGGCCUACUGAUAUAAAAGGCUGUUUUGGUCAGAAAAGUAACAAACUUAUGUCAAUUGAAAAAGGGAUAGUCGUAACAACCUUUUAACAUCUUUUUUGUAAAGGCCUUAUUACUUUGUAUUUAUUUCAACUGCCAUUAUCGCAUAGUUAUUGGCGGAAUAUUUGUUCCGGGUUCCCACCCUCGGCGUUGUCUCGCAUUUUUUGCCGUUAUAUUUGUUCCAAGUUGUUGCCAACUUGCAAUUGUAGUGCCACAUGCGGCAUCGAAAGUAACCCAUGAAUAAACUAAAAACGGUUCCAAUCUUGGGAUUAAUUAAGGGCGCUUUUUAUUAUUUCUUUUAUCGUUUUUCACUUGACCACAUAAUUCAUUUUAUGGUUCUCUCUGUUGCACAAUAAGUGUCUUCAAUGAAAAUUUCAUAGCGACUUUUGCUUUAUAUGUGGUUCUAAUAAAUAGAAUAAGCCGACAACAAAUAGCGAAAACACAGAUAUACAUAUUGUUAACAGUUUAAUAGUGUAACGUCAGUAAUACCAGUGAUUUUAACCCCGGACAACCUAAUAGUUAUUUAUUAAGAUUAGAAUCACUGGUGUAUAGAAACAGCUUUACAUAAAAAGUUGUAAAAUUAUUUCCAAUCAACUGAAUAAAUGUUUUUGAUUUAGAAUAUAAACAGAAAUUAUAUUUAAGAUGCUGUCAACAGCUAAAGCACAUUUACGAAUUUAAGUUCCGGUUAAAACAAUUCUACAAAACAAUAAAUACCAAACUAUGCAGGCAAUACACCUGUUUAACAAAAUCUAAAGCAGUGGUUCUCAACCUAUAUAUUACACAUACCAUUUUUGGUACAUAAAGGUCUUCCAAAUGGCAUGAAAACAAAUUAUUGCCUACAAUAUUUAAACAAUUACUGAAAAAAUCAGGAUUCAUAUUUUUGUCCUGUACAAUUUAGUUUUAUAAGUGAUUCUAGAAAUUUGUGAAUGAAGAAUGAUAGAAGAGUUAAUAAAGGUUGAGAACCACCA